AUGGACACUCUGGUACUCGAGUUCUGCUUUCCAACACUGAACAACUCCUGCAAGAAGACACUGCAUCCUGAGCCACAGACCACACUGAUCUACAGCCUCCUGUCCACCGUCACUGUACUCACAGUGGUCCUCAACCUGCUGGUCAUCAUCUCUAUCUUCCACUUCAGGCAGCUCCACACCUGUACCAACCUCCUCCUCCUCUCCUUGGGCGUCUCAGACUUCCUUGUUGGUUCAAUUCUGAUGCCCUGCCAGAUAUUCCAUUACAGAGGCUGUUGGUUCCUCGGUGACAUUACUUGUGUUGUUUAUUACUUCUCUGCUUUUCUGUCUGUCAGUGCGUCUGUAGGGAACAUGGUGCUUAUAUCAAUAGAUCGCUACGUGGCCAUUUGUGAUCCAUUAUGUUACCCGACAAAGGUAACCAUAAAGCGGGUAAAAGUCUGCAUAAGCCUGUGUUGGAUAUUUUCUACUGUCCAUGCAAGUUGGAUUCUAAGAGACAUAUUUAAACAGCCGGAUAUGUAUAAUUCUUGCAUUGGACAGUGUGUGUUUGCAGUGAACAAUGCAGAAGGAACUGUGGACAUCGUGGCCACAUUUAUUGUCCCAUUUACAGUCAUCACAGUGUUAUAUUUGAGAGUUUUUGCUGUGGCAGUGUCCCAGGCCCGUGCCAUGCGAUCUCAUAUAGGCUCCGUAGCUCUACAGCGUUCAGGAGCCAUGGCAAAGAAAUCUGAAAUGAAAGCAGCUAAAACUCUGGGAGUGCUUAUUAUAGUCUUUCUUCUCUGCUCGUGUCCAUAUUAUGCCUUUUCAGUCGCCGCGGAGAGUAACCAGAUAGGGGCUUCGUCUGGAAAUGCAGAAUUAUGGCUCAUCUAUUUUAAUUCUUGCUUGAACCCUCUAAUCUACACUUUCAGCUAUCCGUGGUUUAGGAGAUGUAUAAAACGUAUUGUAACGCUUCAGAUUCUGCAGCCUGACUCCAGACAGAGCAACAUACUAUGA